AAACAAAGAGGAUUUGUGCACACGCAGACACUUACACCUGCACCCACUCUCAUCCGUUCCCCCAAAUUGCUCCUCUCUCAAUUUUUGCGUCGCCGAACUUUUCUCCGUCGUACCGCAGCCCGCUGCCUUCCGCUUUAUUUUCUCAAGUUACAUUUACAUGAAAUUGAACGUUGAACAUUAAAGUAGCCAUUGCAAGAUUUAAAUCCACUGUUCUACAAACUCUCUAUUUCUGGUAGCAGUUUCUUUCUCUUCCAUUUUUAUCUAUUUUUCCAUAAUUUUAAUUAGCUUGCUGUGUUAAUCAGCUGAUUUUUCUAUUCUGGGUCUUGGUCAUGAACUGGUAACCGGCUACCAUGUUUGGCUAGUGGAUAUCUAUAAAAGGCCGAGCAUAUAAAGAAAUAAUUUUUUAAUGCUCAAAUUUCCUCAAUUUAAAUGCCCUUUAAAUGUUUCUCUUUAUAGCCACACGGGAGAAUAGAUAUUGUAAAAAUUCGUCUUCACGUACCAAGUUAUUCAGAUAGCUUUUUCCAUCAUGAAUAAUUCCACAGCUUCUGUGGACUCUUUUUCUGGUAAUCAAACUGCCCCUCCAAAAUUAACUGCCAAGAAAAAACGAAAUCUCCCCGGAAUGCCAGAUCCUGAUGCGGAGGUGAUUGCUUUAUCACCAAGGACUUUGUUGGCUACGAAUCGGUUUGUGUGUGAAAUUUGCAAUAAAGGGUUUCAAAGAGAUCAGAAUUUGCAGCUUCAUAGGAGGGGUCAUAAUUUGCCUUGGAAGCUUAGGCAGAGAUCAAGUAAAGAAGUCAAGAAAAGAGUCUACGUGUGCCCCGAACCUGGCUGCAUUCAUCACAGUCCUUCACGGGCACUGGGCGAUUUGACCGGGAUCAAGAAGCAUUUCUGCAGAAAACAUGGUGAAAAGAAGUGGAAAUGCGAGAAGUGCUCAAAAAACUAUGCAGUUCAAUCUGAUUGGAAGGCACACUCGAAGAUAUGUGGAUCAAGAGAGUAUAAAUGUGAUUGUGGGACUCUGUUUUUGAGGAGGGAUAGUUUCAUUACACACGUGGGUUUUUGUGAUGCAUUAGGAGGGAAGACUGCAAAAAAGAAUACAGCACUGGUACCUUCUAGCGCUGAUGAGGAUCCGAAAAUUCAAACUGUUAUGCCAUCUCCACCGCCACAAGAAGUGGCAGCACCAUCACAACCGCCAGUGGCACCUCCACCACAGGCUUCAUCACCAUCAGCCACUGCUGUGGCGUCCUCUGUUCUUCCUCUUCAGAAUCUAGAAUUGCCUGAAAGUUCAAGUUACAACUCAACUACUACCCGAAUUUUCGAGGAGACGCCCACAGUAUCUGACUCCGCUGCAAAUUAUAGCAGCAACAGUCUUUCCAGCAGUAAUGGUAGUACAAAUAGUAAUGUUUUUUCCAGCUUAUUUGCUUCAUCAACUUCAUCUGGAAGUUUGCAAUCUAAAGCAACCAGAUUUCCUGGUUUUUUUGAAACCAUGGCUCGUCCUAAGCAGACAUUUGAUAUUGCACUCUGUCCAUCUUCUGAACCUAUAUCUCUCUGCCUUAUGAACCAAGGGUCUGCAAUUUUAAAAACAGCAGAACAAGACGGCAGGCAGUACGCUCGACCACUACAGCCUGCAAUGUCUGCCACGGCAUUGCUUCAAAAGGCUGCUCAGGUGGGGGUAGCUGCAUCAAAUGUGUCGGUAUUGAGGGGGCUUGGACUAGUAUCUUCUUUGUCACCUUCAAGCGAGCCCCAAAGAUGGCAUAGGCAAGAAAUUGAGUCCGAGGGUGCAUCAUUAGCAUCUGAUCUUGGACUUGGACUUGGACUGGCCUAUGAUGGGGGGUCUGCUUUGACAGAAUUGAUGUUGGGAACUCCAUCAGUUUUUGGUCCCAAGCAUGCCACCCUCGACCUUCUCGGCUUAGGGAUGGCUGCCAGAGGUGGCCCGACUGGUGGGCUGUCUGCUAUAAUGAAAUCCAUUAACGAUGGCCUCGACGUUGCUGCAACAGCAGCAGCAUUUGGUGAUGGAGAAUUUUCUGGCAAGGACAUGGGGAGAAGCUGACACGAGCAUAGCUUAUGUUUGCUAGUACUUGUUCGUUUACACACGAUACUUGUAUGCUGUGCCUGCGUGUUACAUUGUUUGAAUAACUGACGUGUAGCUAGCAAACAUAUGGUAGGACAUUGUAUUAGUUCUCUGAAAUGCAGGGGUUAACAGUGACAGAGAAGUAGUUGAGCCUCUUCAAUGGUGUCUGCUGCCUUUUACUGAUGGAUGACUGGAACUCUUUCGAGUAAUACAUUCAGAUUUGGAUAUCCUUUCUUCUCAUUAUUUAUCGAGUACUUGCAUGAACACUAGCUGGGAAUGGUCAAAACUAGAAGUAAACAUAUACUACACUAUUAUAUGGAGUUUAAAUAUUGAUCCAAUGGAUUUAAAUUCCUUUAUGUUUAUCAAAUAGGAACACUAGAUUAAUAGCAUGGCGAGUUCAGACAAUCUGUAUUUUAGUUUUGAUUUGGCGUGUGAUUAUGUCGAGCCUUUGUUUCAUCUGUGAGAUAAGUUGAUUGAUAGUUUGAUAUUAUUAGAAACAUUUUUGGAAGAAUUUUUAUGUCAGCCAUUAACCAAUAUGAUUUAGUAUCUUGUAGUUUUA